CUCACACCGGAAGAGGAUUAUACUUCAUUUCCGUUGUAUUUUGAGCUGAAACAGCUGCUCUGCACGGUGAAUUGAGAAAGAUAAACUACGUUUGAACACGGUUUUGUUGUCCAAACCAACAGUCACAGUCUGGGUUCAACGCGAACAUGUCGCACACAAUUUUGCUCGUCCAGCCAACCAAGAGACCCGAGGGCCGCACAUACGCUGACUACGAGUCAGUCAAUGAAUGCAUGGAAGGUGUGUGCAAGAUGUAUGAAGAGCAUCUGAAGAGGAUGAAUCCAAACAGUCCCUCCAUCACUUACGACAUCAGUCAGCUGUUUGAUUUCAUCGACGACUUGGCAGAUCUGAGCUGUCUGGUGUACAGGGCUGACACCCAGACAUACCAGCCGUACAACAAAGACUGGAUCAAGGAGAAGAUCUACGUGUUACUGCGGCGUCAGGCUCAGCAGGCUGGGAAGUAAAGGCAGGGGAGGAAGGAGGUGUUGUCCCUGCCACACAGACCUGGAAGCUCUUUACCCUGCACUACUUCAAAUUUGUAACAACCUCAUGGUAAAUUUCCCGAGCAGCUUAUAGAUCUGUGCAUACGGUCAACAUUGGAUCCAUCGGGGGGGGUUCAGAUAAUCAACACAUUGGGAAAGGAAGGUGUUUUUAUAAAUGGGUUGAAAAGAGAAACUGGGGGCUUUCUACGGUCAUGGAUGGAGUUGCACUUGGUGGCAUACAUUUGUUUCUCAUACAGUCUGUGCUAAGGACGGGGCAAUUUCCCUGCAAAGACUAACUUAUAGGUGACGAAGGAUCUCUUCCAGGAGAAAUGCUCCACAGUAUAGAUAAAAGCAGAGUUUUUGUUUGACAAAUUCUUGUCUCUUCUGAUGUGUUUUUAUUUUCUACGAGUUUUGUGACAUUUUUUUUUUAUAUAUCUAUAUAUACAUUUAGGUGGAUUUGAACAUGCUGUUGAAAGAGGGUGAUUUAUUCUGUUUUAAAGUACACUGACUCCACAGACUGACGAGUUGAUUUCAGAAGCUAUAUUUUUUCCGCAUCGCAUCUGUUACCAUACCUCCAUCAGAUAUGUGAAAUGCCAUUUUUGUAAACUUUUUAAUAGUUUCUGCCUGACGUUUUAUUUUGGUGUUAAUCUCCUCACUCCUGUCAGCGAAUUCUCCUUGAUUUAAAACAAAUAAAAUAUUGUUUUUUUUUUGGA